AUGGACGGAAAUCCGUCAGUAAUCGUGUCAUUGGGGCAGGAGAUGGCUUUCGACGCGGCGGGGCCCGGUGGGGCCCCUGCCAGCCCGCCCGCAUCGGACGGCAGCAGCGCCGCGUCGGCAUUUGGCGGCGGGCUCUUCAGCAUCAAGGGCCACUUCGACGGCGCGUGCAGCGUGUUCCUGACCGGCGCCACGGGCUACAUCGGCUCGCUGGUCCUGGAGAAGCUCCUGCGCAGCACGAGCGUCGGGCGCGUGUACGUCCUCGUGCGGGCCCGCCGCGGCGCAGACCCGGCCGACCGCGUCGCGCGGCUGCUGCGCGGGCCGCUGUUCCACCUGAUCAGCGAGCAGCAGGCCGCGCGCGUGACGGCGGUGGCGGGCGACAUAAUGCAGCCGGGGCUGGGGCUGGGGGCGGAGGACCAGGCUAUGCUGGAGGAGGAGGUGGACACAGUCCUGCACUCGGCAGCGGACAUCCGUCUGGAGGCGCCCAUACAGGAUACCCUCACAGCCAACUAUCGCGGCACCCUGUCCAUCGUGCGGCUGGCGGCGCGCAUGCGGCGGCUGCGGUCGUUUGUCUACAUAUCGACCUGCUACUCCAACAUGAACCGCCCCCGCGGCUCGCUGGUCGAGGAGAGGCUGUACCCCUUGAUGCUGGACGGCCGCGAAUUCGAUACGAGCUCCCUGGCGGAGGAGCUGCUGGCGCUGCCGGCAGCGGAGGCCAACGAGCGCGCGGCGGGGUACAUCAGCCUGUGGGGCUUCCGCAAUACGUACGCCUUUGGGAAGCACCUGGCUGAGAAGGCGGUGGCGGCGCUGCAGCGGGAGCUGGACCUGCCGGUGGCCAUUGUGCGGCCGUCGCUGGUCAGCGCCAUCUCGGCGGAGCCCUAUCCCGGCUACUCAGGUAACUAUGCGGGGCCCGUGGGCAUGGCGGCCGCCUACUUUACCGGUUUCCACGACGACCAGCCAGAGGCGGUCGCCUCGGACGCGUCAGCGAUCUGGGACAUCGUGCCCGGCGAUGUGUGCGUCCAGGCCAUCAUCGCAGCGGCCGCCGCCGUCGCCAGCGCCGCCGCGCGCGCCCACAUCUGCGCGCCGCGCGAGGAGUGCGUCGGGCGCGCGCCGCAGCCGCCGCCGCUGAUGGUGAUCCAGAUCGCCACGAGCACCACCUACCCCGUGACCACCGCAAAGCUCUUCAACGACACGGUGAUCUUCUGCGCGGCGUUCCGGCGGCCGUUCACGCUGGCGCUCGGCCGCGCGCGCGGCAUGCACCCGGCGCAGCUGUACAGCGACGAGGCAUGCCUCAAAAUAAAGCGGGUGGCGGCGUCCAGGGUGCGGCCGCUGGUGUGGAUGCUCAGGAAAAUGGGUGGCAAGAGCGGCAAGAAGAUGGCGUCGCUGCUGUCUGUUGGCAUGCGCACGUUUGAGACAAUCAACACUAAGAAGUACGACCUGGACAUGUUCUUCGACGCAGCCAACCUGCUGCGGCUCGAGGCGGCGCUGGCCCCAGAGGAGCACUCGGAGUUCCAGAUCACGUGGCGCGCCCCGCCCCACGAGCGCUUCAUGCCCGCCACCGCCGCCGCCGGCGCCGACGGCGGCCGCGCCGCCGCCGCCAUCAUCGCCAACGGCGGCGCCCCCGCGCCGGGCGAGGGCCCCGCGCGCGCGCCGCCUUCGCCGGGCGCGCCGGCGGUGCGCUCUGACAGCUCAGCGGCCUCGUCCUCUGCGGCGUGCCCGCGGUGGGACAGCGACGGCGCGAGCGACGACGAGGCGGCGCACAGCGGCAGCAACAGCGGCGGUGGCGGCGGCGGCGGCGCGCUGGCCAAGGCGCUGGGCAAGCUGGCCCUGGCCGAUGGCGCGAGCGACGCCGCGUCGGGCGCGGGCAGCAAGGCGAGCAGCUCGGCCAUCGCGGCGCGGCACGGCGGCGCGGACGGCGCGGGCGCGGCGCGCGAGUGCGACUGGACCACGUUUGACUACAACGCGUUUGCCUACCUCUACAAGUCCCUGUUUGGGCGGCAGCUGCCUUGCCAGUCCAAGAUCGGCCGCCGGAAGCUGCACAAGCUGAUGCCGUUCUUCACGCCAGAGGAGGUCGAGGCGUCGCGCCGCGUGCGCCACACCUUCUCCAUCAUACGCGCGGGCGGCAGCAGCUGA